AUGACGGACACGGAGGUUAUCGAUCUUACGGCGCCAUCUUCUCCCAUUCUUGUGGACGAGGAUAGUGAUGGCGGCCCUCCUUCAAGCAGCAAACCCCAGCCGGACGCGACCAAGGACCAGAAGCGGAAGAGGAAGAAGAAGAAGCGGCCUGUGGUGGAUAGCGCGCCCGAGGAGGGCGAAGUAACUUCUGCUCCAGACAAUAAAGCAGUCUCUGUGGCUGGAGACGAAGGCCCUCCGCUUUUCUUCGUCGACCUGGCACCUGCACCGUUGUCCUCUGCCUCGGAACCAGCUCCCAAAGUCGGGGAAUCAAGCAAAAGCGCGGCUCUGGAGGCUGCGAGUGCCCAGAAUGAGCCGGCCAAAUUGCUUCUGCCUGAUCACGUAUCCGUGCUGAGCCAAGGAGUUGGCGUACCCGUAGAAGUCAUAACCCGACCGGAUGAAGAUUCGGACGACGAGGCCUACAUCGAAUAUCUUGACUACGAUGACAGGAAGGCCCCGGGAAUGGUGCGCUACUUCGAGGAAGAGAAGGAGGAACCGAAGCAGCAGAAGAUUACCUGUCCCCAACGAUUCACUAUUCGUGGAACUCAAGUGAACAACUACGACGACUGUGACAGAUGUGGGUCAUCGCGACAUCAUACGAAUGAAUGCCCUACUUUAUGGCGACUGUAUCACUAUGUUUCAGACGCUGACCGAGAGACAAUCUUACGGGUCAGGGAAGAGAAGAGUGUAUUAGGCGUCGGUAACGGUGGCGAAGGCUACAUUGCCACAGACGAGUGGUGUUACAACUGCGGCGAAUCCGGCCAUCUGGGCGACGAUUGCAAUUCUCUACCACACCCGCCUGAUCAUCCCCUGGAGCCAUCGGCGUUCAGCUCUUAUAACAUCAUGUCGGGCCCGUUCUUCGACGCCACCACCUCCUUGAGCAAGGGCAAAGCCAGACGACCCAGAGAUUGGGAGACUUCAGACCAUGUCGGGGAUGGAUGGGGUUUCAAUGCACCGAUGAAUGUUGGAAAGCAGGGGAGAAAGAAAGAUCGAGCAAGAAUGGAGCAGGUGGCCAAACAUCAAGAAGAGGAAGAGGACCCGGACGACUGGUUUGGCAACCCGAGGAACGCGAGGAAUCGUGGCAUGACUCGGGAUGCGCAGCCUCCGCGCAACGUCCGCAGCGAGAUAGGCAACGAGAACAAGGUUUUCACAUUUGGCAGCAUGGGUAACGACAGGAAUCGGAGGUUUGAGAUCGAGAGUUCAGUCAACGCUUCUAGAGGGUCGCGGUACGACAAGGAUAGGAACGACAGGUAUAGGGGCGAGCGUGCCCCAGAUACGUUCAAGAGCGGUCUCGGCGGAACGACCACCACCGUUCUGACCGUCAAGAGCGUCGAGACGAUCACCGUCCCCGGUACAAAGGGGGGUAUGCCUACUAAUUUAUAUUAG